AUGUCGAACGGUAAGGAGGGUCGCAGCCUGGAGUUGCAGAGAGCUGCAGCUCAACCAUCAUCAAGCUCCAGCGCAGCUUCCGCGAGUGCAGCCGGUGCCAGUAGAAGCAUGUUCUCCGGGUUUAGCUUCAAGAAAAAGGCGGAUGAUUCUACUGCUACUAAUUCUGGACGAGCAGCAGGAGGACCUACUUCAUCUGCGACACCUGGAAUAGAACCAUCACUAGCUGGAGGAAACGGCUCUUCGAUUUUCCACGGAAACAACCAGAAGAAACAGGAUGAAACUAGUUGUAGGGUAGAAGCGAUCACAACCUUCGAUGCUUCUUGUCUAGAAAGGCCUGUGAAUCUUCCUGUGAUAGACCUAGGUCUAGACCUGAAACGGUUAGCGGAAGAGGACAAGGUUUUAGUGGAGGAGAGGAAAAAGAGAAAAAUACUUGCAGGAGACGUUGACCUAGUGACCAACGCGAAGAGCGGAGCCGCAGGAGCAAGUAAGGUAGAAGCAGGUGAGCAGGUCGCAAUAGACGUUGUUGACGAGGAGCAAGGUGGUCUUCGUGGAAUAGCUGCGUCCUCUUCUUCAACCGUAGCAACUACCACAGUUUCAACUACCACUGCUUCAACUUCUAGCACCUCAGCGAACCAAGCACAACAAGUCACCGAGGACGAGGCUGCAGCUGCGAUCUUAGCCGAGCUACAAAAUCCAGAUACCAACGAGGCAGCAGUGGCAGCUGGAGGAUCAUCCUCGUCCUCUGCGGCUGGACCAGUGAUUCAUGGUCUUGUUGAUCAGAGAGCAGUCGAUACGGCGAGGACAACUCCUUCUAAAGACAAAACAUCAACAACAAGUAGCUCAAGAAACUUUCCUACCAGUACCACUACAGCCUCUACUGGUACGUCAGCGUCAUCAUCUGGAAUGAACCAAAAGAAGGCAGCACUUUUUGGCGGCGGAGCGAAGAAGCGGAAGGCAGAUGGUGCGCGUCCUAUUCUUAGUAAGCGCAGUGAAGGCGUUACUGCAACUGACGUAAAAGCAGACGAGCAGUUUGAAAACAUGGACAUAGCUGACUUCGGGUGGGCUUAUCUACGUGGACUGGGGUAUGACGAGUCUAAACACCGUGUGAACAUGGUCAAACUAGAAGGGCAAACGAAAAAUCUAGGUCUCGGAGCUACAAAUGUGCUCUUGCCAACAGACCACCUGGUGGCUGCGGGGACGAAGGGGAAGGGGAAAGGUGGUGCUGGUGGGAAGAAUCAUAACACUAGCACUACUUCAAGUACAACUUCUAUUGCCGCCGCGGGAGGAAAUAAUAGUGUUGCCGCGCCAGUAGAAAAUGGAGCAGUUGCACCGCAAUACAAAGCUUCUUCAACUUCAGCCACAUCAAGUGCAGGUGCGUCUUCAUUAUCAUCUUCAGCUUCGACUAAACUUCUAGCAGAUUCCAAGAAUACUCCGCUGAAAACCUGGCUUCGCAGAGGAUUGAUUGUGAAAAUCUGUGACGAACGGUGCCCAGCUUACUGCAAAAAAGGUCCUAUCGUAAAAGUAGAGAUAACUUCCUCGACUUCCGCCUCAGCCAUCGGCUCAGUAGUCGCCACAGUCCAAGCAAAGGUGAAAGAGGGGAAAGAGAAAGUUAACAAAACCUUUCGUGUCAAGGAAAAGCACCUGGAGCCAACGAUUAUCAUACCAGAAAGCUCGUCUACAAAUUCAUCUAGUUCUAGUGUAGUCAAACGUAUUCGCACUGGUUCUAGAAAGUCAGAGUGGACGUCUUUGCGAGUGUUGAAGGCGGAUAAGGAGAACAAUACAGCAACGUUGGUUGAUCCAACAAAUGGUGGGUUACUGAAUCUCACGCUACGCGACGUGUGUGCCUUCGACGCCAAUGAAUGGGAUGAGGAAGAAGUUGUUACAUAUCAUGGUCUUGCUACAUCAUCAGAAAGCUCUGCUGGUGCAAAAAGAUAGCACUUAACUUCCAGGCUAUCUAAGUAGUUAGAUUUAGAACAGAAGAAGUUGAUGUCUUUUUAUACACUACCUAUAUUGAACAACCCCAGACUCCUCUCAGUUUUAUCAUACUGUCUUCCCCACGACCUGGUUGCAAAAAGCGAU